AUGGCGGGGUUUUCCGGUGAUCCUGGAGACUACUACAUCGGCAGAGCUCAUGCGGAACUGCCUGACGACAAGGAGUGGAAAGAUCUGCAGAAUUUGUUCAAGAAGCACAUCUACUCUUGGCUCGAGGAAGAGCUGGCGAAGGUCGAAGCUUACAACGAAGGCAAAAAGUCACACGGGCAGAAGCUAUCAGCCGAGCAGUUUUUGAAGGCCCUUCGAGACCAUGGACGCGAUGUUGUUGCUCAGGACCUUGCCAUGUAUUGGAUCUUCUGCGAGAACCCCAAUGUUUUGACCCACAUGCUGCAGGAUACUAUCAAUCGACUCAAAGGAACCCAUCAGAACAUGAAGCUGCGACUCCUCAACCAGGAGCUCAUGGACAAUGCGGGGACGAUGAAGGCGGAGAUGGCGGAGUUGAGGAUGGAGAACAAAAGUCUCCGAGAGGAGAACGCGCUGCUCAGAGAAGCGUUGCAACGCGCGUUGGGGGGCGACGAAAGUCCGCCCUGUGCUGCAGCAAACGGAGGAACCGCUGGCGCAAAGAGGGAGGAUGAUGCAGAGACUCCUCAAGUGAAGGAGACUCCUCAACAGAAGGAGCAACGGAUGUUUUUCGAGGCUGUCGUCGACCCCUGGCUCAAAAGCAAGAAGGUUUCGGAGGCGUGGAAGAUGUGGGACCGGGGCACUGCCUUGAUGGGCGGGAGCUCCAUCCGCGAUCUGGCGAAGGGAGGUGACUUUCUCGCAACCUUCUCCAAGUUUGGAGACCCAAACCUCUUAGAGAACUCGUGUUCCAAGCGGUUGGGGCGGAGGAGGAAUCAGAUGCUCACCAUCGACAAUCUGCGACCCCCUACAUAA